AAAACACCAAAACCAACAAGUUGAGUAGCCAACUAUAUUGAAGAAUGGUGUGUACUUCUUUGGUUCCUUUGAAAGGAAAGUAACGCGCACCUCUUUAAUGGCAUGAAGCUUCCGGAAGACGAGAUUGUAGGUCGGGCUUAUAAUUUCCCGGAGGACUAUCGAGCUCAUCAAAAAGUACAGGUGGAAGUGGAAAAUAACAGUGCCGCUCAAUGGGGUGGAUGGAAGAAGCCGCAAACGGGAGAGGUGAAAAUCAAUUCGGAUGCGGAAACUCUUCGGGAGGGAGGUACCGGGAUUGGAGUAGUAAUUAGAGGAGUUGAUGGGAAGUUCAUUCUAGCCGCAACAAGGAACAUGCAAGGUGAGAUGCGGCCAGACACAGCCGAGGCGUAUGCGGCGGAAUUGGGAGCUCGACUAGCCCAGCAAUGCGAUGAGACACGGUUCAUUUUGGAGACAGAUUGGUUGUCUUUGGUCCAAUAGUUGAACAAUGUUGAAUGCCUCCAAAAUGAGAACGGGGUUAUUUGCAGGAGUAUUAGAAGAUAACUUGCCCAUGUCAAUGAAGGGAGAUGGCAGUUUGUGUCGAGGGAAGGAAAUGCAGCCGCCCAUAUUAUGGCACACACGAAGACAAGAUGGAAUGAGACGAUAGUUUGGGUCGAUCAACCAUCGAUUUAUCUUGUUGAUCAGUUAGUAUUGGAUAAUGUAACCACUGGUAGAGCUGUCAAAAUGUAACCCGACCCGAGUAACCCGCCCGAUCAAUCCGACCCGCAACCCGCCAGCAACCCGAUUUGACUAAAAGUCAAUGACCCGU